CCCUGCUUGUGUAAGAAACUGGGGAGGGCCUCUAUAGGGAACGACGGGGGUGACAGAUUGAGCGAGAUAUUCGUGAACAGGGCUCGUAACAAGGGGGGCGAAGACGGCGGAGGGGUGACCUCGAUCAGACUGCAGAGCGUGGUGUGGUCCACACCAAACUGCUUCCGAACAAACGAGUCCUCGUCCUUGGCCUGUCUCUGCCGCGCCAUGUUCAGCCGCAUGAUCCAGUCCACGGAAUGCACCUCAGCCAGUCUCUCCCGCGCAUCGCUGAUCGAUACGGAAUGCUGGGAGGUGAAGUUGAAAUCCGAGGACGACUCGGCCGCGAGAAUCGAGUUGACCUUCGCCUGGAACGCCUCGUCGCGAUCUUUCCGACUCUUGGCUGCGUCCAGUCCCACACGCGACGCCAGCCCCAGCCUCGUCUCGAACGGAUCGUCCGCGGCCUCGACGCACAGUGCGCGGAUGUUCAGCGUCAGCUUGGGCACGUGCUUGGCCGCCUCGGCCUCGGGGAAUGGAACAGACGAGAACUCGCCGAGCAAGCAGAUGCGGCCGAGGUGUUUGAUGGAUUUCACGCACAGGCUGAUGUCGAGCACCAGAUCGGCCAACACGAAUCCGUGCGGGAUGCGGAUCCUCGCGGCAUCAGCGUCAAUGAGGAUAUCCCCGGCAUCGAUGGUGGCUGUCCACCGGCGCAGACUGAGGAGCUCUUCCCACCGCUCAGAGUGCGGACCAGCCCAAAGCUUAGGGGUGCUGCUUGCAGGGAUUUUGACCCAGCCAGUUGCACGCUCCCACGACGCCGUAAUCGCCUUGUCUUUGAGCACGGCACUGAGGCCGUCCCAGCGAAAGUGCGCAGAUUGUGCCGGCAGAGCGCAGAUCAAGUGAACAGUCUUCACGAGCACAUUAGUCGUCACGUGUAAUGACGAUGGCAUGGGCUGUUUCACGAUCGGCGAUUUUCGUCUUGCACCAGCGAGCUUGUGCACAGUCGAUGCGCCCAGUAAGACACUGUAAAGAUGGGCAAGCUGGAACGACACCUUGACACUGGGAAGAGUCACGGUGACCGAACAGUUGUCCGCACUACUGACAGUGGGCCAAAACGUCCCGCUGGACAGCGCAACCACGAUGCUCGGCUUCUGCAACGCCAGAAACUCCUGCUGCUUGAGUCCCGGGGCGUCUCGUUCAGAGAUCAGGGGAUCAUCGGCUUCGAAUUGCGUGGACACGGCACUGCGCACAGCCAGGUCUGUAAGAGACACGUGCACCGUGGAUGCAACAUUGUUUGUCCGCAGCGCCCCCAGCACGGAUGGAAUCAGGGUUUCCGGUGGCAGGUACAGCAUCUGGCGGGUGGCUGACCGCCAGUGGGAUCGGGGCUCUGGAUUUGCACGCAGAGAGCAGAACUGCACCGCCAGCCCAACUGCACGCACAGCGAAUCCGCGAGCGAGAUCCAUCGUGUCGUCUGGAUUGAGAUCGGGAGCAGUCACAAACACCACAAACCGCGCCAGGGAGAACGUCGCAAACACGCCCUUCGGCAGCUGGCUUACGGAGAACGUAGAUGUCUUCGGUGUUGGCGCCGGUAGAGCUGAGAGCACGUGCAAGAGGGUCUGCACAACCAGCGGGUGCCACAGUUCGACACACAACGCAUCAGAAGUGCAUAACACCUCAAUCGUCCGAGAGGGCAAGUACACCAGAGCAGUAUGUGAAUCGUCGCUCAGCGUCGCAUCAGCCCGGCAGUGGCCGGUCACUUCGAACGACUCCAUCGAAAGCAGCACCGGGUCCUCCACCGGGCCAGAGCACACACGCACAAAUGUCGGCCGGAGAGCAAAUCCGAUUUGCGCCGUCAGAUGCAGGUGCACGGCGUCUACCGGGAUCGACGCCCGUCC